CGGAAGAAAGUGAUCUAAGUUUUUUCCUUCAACAGGAAAGGUGGUCUCGUUCGAUAUGAUUCAGACAUAAAAAUAACACAUACACACGCACCGAUUAAGUCAUGUUUUAUUUUCAAUGUGAUUUAAUUCUAAAUCUGAUAUUGACUUUGAAAGAUGGGUCCAAAAGACUUUGUUAUGCAAGGACUUAGUAACCUUAAUCUUCAAAAGUCAGGAAUAGAUUUCAAGAGUAUAAGUCUUUCACAACAUCGGCGACCAGUUCAAAGCUAUCAAAGAAUGGACAACGAUUCUUUUUUCAACACAACAUCAAAUGACACCCUGAUUAAUAAUGCAACAACAACAAUGUCUUCUAGUACCAAAAUCUGGGAUAAACCCAACAGUAAAGGCUUUCUGGCCGUGACGAUUCCUCUCCUGAUAUCGGGGGUGGUUGUCGUCUUAAUCCUUAUUGUAGUUUGUGUUCGCUGCAGGAAGAAAAGAGAGACAUAUUACGGGGAAUCUUAUGACUUUUCCCUAGUGGACCAGUCUAUCCAAGCAAACCAGUCAUCUAUAAUAGGACACGGAAUAGUAAUGGCACAAGGAACAGAAUACCGCGAAACGGAGUAUCACGAAAUUGGUAACUUAGAAGAACCAGCAAACCAAAUGGACGACAAUCAAAAUGGCGUACUGAGGUUCCACGAAGAUGAACACGUGGAAGGACCUGCAGACCAAAUGGACUACAAUCAAAAUGGCGUUCUGAAGUUCAAAGCGGAUCAGCAGCAGGAUGAGGAAGAUCAUUAUGUAGAACCGUGUAGUGAGAAAGAACUAUCGGAAAAGUUAGAAUCUUAUCCAAUGCCAAACACAUACGUGAAUGAUUACUUUUCUGUUUGUCAUUUAGGACAGUCGCCGUAUUUUGUAUUGGAGCCUGGACUAGAACCAAGAUAUGUUAAUGAAAGGUGAAUGAUGCUCACGUCUUUGAUAUCCAGUUUACAAAUAAUUAAUAUGUGUUGUUGUUGUUUGCAUUAACGAAUAUGUUCAAGUUCCAUGAAUUUUGUAACAUCAUGAUAUACCAGGUAAAACCCUAAAAUUGCAAGGUCGUCAUAGUUUUAUUUUGAUUUUUGAUUUUUUUUUCCAAUUCUUUCUGUAAUAAAAUGUUGCCGAUUGUUUCAUUUUGAUUUC